AUGGUGCGGCGGCGCUGGGUGAAGUCGGAGACGGCGGCCGGUGGCUUUGGGCUAGAGUGCCACCGUUUGUGGUUAAGCAGAAACAGAAAGAGAGAGACACUUGAAAACAAAAAAGAGAAAGAGAGGGAGAGAAUUGAAAAAGAAAAAGAGAAGCAGAGAGAGAAGCAGGAGAAAGAGAAAGACAAAGAUAGAGAGAGAGAAAAGAAGAAGAUAGAGGAGAAAGAGAGAGAACAGAAACAGAGGGAGGAGAAGGAGAGAGAAGUCAGAGAGAGGGAAAAGAAAGAGAGAGAGCAGAAGGAGAGAGAGGAGAAGGAGAGAGAGAAGAAAGGGAGAGAGCAGAAAGAAAAACAGGAGAAAGAGAGAGAGGAGAAAGAAAGACAGGAGAAAGAGAGAGAAAAGAAACAGAGGGAGGAGGAGAGAGAGAACAGAGAGAGGGAGGAGAAGGAGAGAGAGCAGAAAGAAAGAGUUGAGAAAGAUAGCGUGGAUAAUGAGAAAGAGAAGAAGCUGAGGGAGGAGAAACAGAAGGAGAGAGAGAGAGAGAGAGAGAGAGAGAGAGAGUUCAAAAAGAAAAAGAGGUUGAGAGAGAGAGGUUGGAGAAAGAAAAAGAGAAAGAGAGAGAGAGAGAGAUAG